ACGAAAUAGCUCAACUAUAAAAAGUAUUUCAUUUGACAGUGUUAAAAGCGUUCGAGCCUGUCAGGUGUGUUGAUACUUGGAACGUUUCUACGGUUACGCGCUCAGGGAAGGAACAUGGCAAGCGCUGUCAUGUAUGAAAAAUGAACACGUACAAGAGGCGUGGAUACAUACUUUUAAUGAAGAAUAAACACCAACAAGAGGCGUGGAUACCUACUGCUCAUUAUUUAAAGGUCGUAGUAUUUUUCGGUCUCAUUGUAAUGAAAAACAACAAUUAUUAAUAUGCGUUCUUCGUGCAUGACAGUGCUUUCCACUUUAAUUCCCUGAGCGCGUCGCCGUAGAAACCAUCAGUAUCACCUCUCCUGUGAGUCCGGUUGUUCCCACUGGUUCCUCGUUACCGUAAAUUAUCAGGGAGCAUCGACCAAUCAACGCACCUGGGUGAACAUGAGUUGAGCGUUUGCCAAACUUCCGAGGACGCGCGCAGUCAGAAUCAACAGACGGAUGAAUCGACGGAACCUGUAGCUCAGACUCAUAGCCCAAUUAAUUCACGGGGAGCUCCAGGUAGACUAUAGUUUGAUAGGUAUCUAGAUGAAACAUGUGUGUAGGUCAUAGCCUACUAAUCUUGAGUCCCCUGCCAAAUGAGAGGCGCGUCGCUUUGCUCCCCCAAAUUGACGGAUUACCGAGAUGCGCGUGCUGAUAAUGAUGAGUUCUGCGCGUACAGCUGCUGCUACUAUUCCGUUAUUGUUCUCCUCCGGGUCUAACGACACCGUUCCUUUAUUCUCCUGUCUGUGUUUGUAGCGCUACAGAAUGCACCAAUACGCCAGCCAAGACAAGAUUCCGGGCGGGGGUGUUGGGAUAGCGGCCCCCCAGGAUGGCCAAAGUUCUUGUCAGUUCUUCUCAGAUGGCCGGAGGAAGGUGGACUAUGUUCUGGUGUUCUACCAACGCAAACAGAUCUCUGUGAGGGGUGGCGACCGGCUGCACCGUCUCUCCGCCCCUCCUCACCCUCCUCAUCGCCUGUCUGUCAUCUCCAAUGGUAGCUCCCCCCUCUCCGGCCCUGUGGGGGGUUUGGGAUGUGCAGCCGGGCAGCGGAGUGCGGGGGACGGGGAGGUGUGUGUGGACCUGGCGGUGGAGGUGGAAUUAGAGGCGGACCCGGCUGAAGGAGAGAUGGUGCUGAUCAGGGAGGAGUUUGAGGCCAGGCUACUGGAGGCGGGGCUUGAGAUGGAGAGAGACACCGAGGUCAGGGUCUACGGGCCCAGCUUCACUAGACUCCAUGUCCCCUGGCAGGUCCUGAGCAGAGAAGCAGAGUUCCUCAAGAUCAAAGUCCCCACUAAGAAGAGCUAUGAUCUGAAGCAGGAGAAUGGGUUCAGUGCCAGCCUCAGUGAGUUCUGGAGGAAGGUGAACCAGCCGUUCCAACCCAACAUCCCCCAGCGUGGCCACAGCACCACCAAGCAGCUCUCACACUGCUUCUCCAGGGACAAACUACACUUAUUUAACAUCACCUCUAAAGACACGUUCUUUGACAACGCAACACGCAGUCGAAUAGUGAGUCUGUCAUUCAGGAUGUUUCUCUGUGUUAUAUGAAUGUUAAGAAUCAAUGGGAAUACGUUUAGUGAGUCUGUCAUUCAGGAUGUUUCUCUAUGUUAUAUGAAUGUUAAGAAUCAAUGGGAAUACGUUUAGUGAGUCUGUCAUUCAGGAUGUUUCUCUGUGUUAUAUGAAUGUUAAGAAUCAAUGGGAAUACGUUUAGUGAGUCUGUCAUUCAGGAUGUUUCUCUGUGUUAUAUGAAUGUUAAGAAUCAAUGGGAAUACGUUUAGUGAGUCUGUCAUUCAGGAUGUUUCUCUGUGUUAUAUGAAUGUUAAGAAUCAAUGGGAAUACGUUUAGUGAGUCUGUCAUUCAGGAUGUUUCUCUGUGUUAUAUGAAUGUUAAGAAUCAAUGGGAAUACGUUUAGUGAGUCUGUCA